AUGAAAGACAACAAGUUCCAAGGCAGGAUUACAAAUUUGGGAGAAGGAGGUACUAACAUGAUUUCCAUCAUUUCUGCAACAUUUGUAUUCCUCAAGGAGAAGAGUACUUCGAAAAAUCGAAUAAGAAACACUUCGUAAUCCCAGAAGGAGAGAUCAAAUAAUAUAGAGCAUUGGAGAAUUAUUACGAUCAACCCAAGAUAAAUUGAGGUUGAUAGGUUACUCUGUACAAAUGACAUUGAUGGAGCGGUUCCUGGUUCUUUGCAGAGUAAGGCAGUCCGCAAUCAGGAAGUGGCUUAAAAGCUGAGAAUAUAGAGAGAGGAGCAGAGAGCACAAAAAAACAAAGCAUUAUACUAAUCCCAAAUGGAAUAGAGUUAUGAGGAAUAAGAGACCUACUCUCCAAUACCUUAAAGAAAUAAAUCCUAUUCAGUUCAAAUAUCGCCUGUGUAAUAGCAAGAGAUAAAGGCUCAACCCUAUGACUAUAUGAACAAGCCCUUAAAACUCCCUCCGAUUAGUGAUAGAAUCGUGACUUCCACGAAUCCAGCAAACAGUAAACUAUAGCUUCGAGAGAACCCUAAGGUGUUUUUAUCCUAGGAUUAAGAUAAGACUUAGAAGUUGUUAUAGAAGUAACCAGCAUUGAGAUUAUUUGUUUGA